GAUUUUGACAUUUCCAGUUGAUUCAGUAGCAUUGACAAGUACUCAUAUAUAUUUAGUAUAUAGAUAUUUCGUUUUUACUCGAGGUGAUGGCAAAAGUUUCGUGCUUGCAUUUAAGUAUUUAUUAUCGUUUGAUUGCGUCGGGUGAUGAAUAUUAAACAAGAAUACAGUCUAUUUAAGUAAACUAGUGUAGCAUUAACAGUUUACAUUGCUGACGGGAAAGGAGAAACUUUGUGUUAUAAACACUAUUGAAUUUUAAUUUUAGGUUGCAAAAUUUCUCGGCAAAUAGUUUUUACUUACGAUUUAUUAGAAAGAAGAAAUCAAUAAGUUUGAAUUGACGAAAUGUCUAAAUAUUCAGGAAAAAAAUGUCGUUUGCUUUCAAUGAUGUGGUUGACUGCAUUUUUCUUUUUCGUGGAAAUUGUAGUUGGCUAUGUAACAAAUUCGAUGGCGUUGGUAGCAGACAGUUUCCAUAUGCUAGGUGACAUCGCAGCACUUGUCAUAUCAUUUCUAUCCGUAAAAAUGUCCCCGAAAAAGUGGUCUAAAAAUACAUUUGGCUGGGCACGAGCAGAAGUUUUAGGUGCGCUGGUGAACGCUGUUUUCUUAGUGGCUUUGUGUUUUAGCAUUACCAUAGAGGCUUGUAAAAGGUUUAUAGAAGAAGAAGAAAUCCAUGAGCCAAAACUCUUAGUGAUAGUGGGCUGCCUUGGUUUAUUAGUAAAUGUCAUAGGAUUGUGCUUGCUUUACGAGCAUGGCGGUCACCACGGCCACUCACAUGGUGGAGGUCUUACGAGAAAUCACAGCAGGCUUACAGAACUAGCAAAUAUAGAUGAUGGCGAAGGUGAGCCCGUGGACUUUGCUUAUGAAAAGGAGAAAAAACCAAUGAAGAAAUUAAAUCAUGGCCACAGUCACGAUCCAGGCCAUAUGAAUAUGCGUGGCGCAUUUUUACAUGUAUUGAGCGACGCGUUGGGUAGUAUCAUUGUGGUGAUUAGUGCUUUGGUUGUGUGGCUGACUGACUGGAAAUAUCGAUUCUAUAUGGAUCCAGCUCUUUCCAUCGUUUUGGUUUGCUUAAUUUUGCAUUCUGUUUGGCCGCUCCUACGAGAAUCGGCAUUAAUAUUGCUACAAACUGUGCCAACUCAUAUCCAAGUCGACGCCAUCCAAAAACGUCUGUUAGAAAAAGUUGAUGGCGUUUUGGCUGUUCAUGAAUUUCACGUCUGGCAAUUGGCUGGAGACCGUAUAAUUGCUUCAGCUCACAUAAGGUGCCGCAACCUUUCGGAAUAUAUGAAAAUCGCGGAAAAGGUUAAAGAAUUUUUCCACAAUGAAGGUAUACAUUCGACAACAAUACAACCCGAGUUUGUCGAAAUAGAAGGUUGCAACAUGUCCGAUGGCACGUCCAGUCUGAAUAUGAGCGGCUCCGAUUGUGCAUUAGAUUGUCCAAGUACAGCGGAGGGAUGCGUCAAAGCGACUUGUUGCCAAAAUAAUAGCAAAUUGAAUCAGGUGCCCUCACCGACGAAUUCUCCCUACACUUGCCGCCAAAGGAACUCAAAAAAUCCCAAUGAUGUUGAAGCAGGAUCUUCACUUUUGGAGUGUUUAGCCAGCACAUCAAAUUCAGUUAAUAACGGGAAUUCAGAAUCUGGUCCAGUUAUAAAUGGAGAAGUGGUGUGACAGCUGCACCUUUUACAUAUGUGACGAAAAUAACAACAGAUCACGAGACGCACAAAAAAAUUAUCAUCUUUUUUACACUGUAACUUUAAAUACAAGUUAUGCCUGCAAAUUUGAAUGGCAUCAAAACUU